AUGGAUCCAGUCUCGACUCUGGCUUUCUCCUGCAACAUCCUCGACAUGGUUGAGCGCGGACUCGACUGUUGCAAGACCUUCAAGGAGCUUUACAAGGCCUCGGAUGGCUUGAGCAAGCAGCGCAGCACCAUAAUCGACGCCGUUGACAGCAUGCAGAGCGUUACCGACGACCUCCGCAACACCCGCCUCAACGUGCCCAUGUCUCAGUCCGAGAAGGGCAGAGUCGACCAGUCCCUGCUCCAGUCACGUCCCGAUGCGAGGAUCUGGCCAACGAUGUCGCCGCCGCCGUCGAGAACUAACAUCAACAAGAUGGAGCUCGAUCUGCAGCAGCGAAGCCAGACGUUGCAUGUGCUGCUCAUGACGUGCACCCGUCGCGACGUAUCCUUUGUUCUCGGCCAGGUCAAGGGUGCAGAAGUCCAGCACGAGGUGCGCCAUGGGGAGGCAGUGCCGUGCAAAGAGGUGGCGGGGUCAAAACGAAUCGAGGAAAUAGUGCCAAGCGUCGGUAGGGACGGAGAUGACGACAAUAACGAACUCGACCUCGAAAACGACGGUCCAGGAGAGGAAGAACUGCCCUGGCCCAGGGUCCAGCUGCGGUGA